CCUCUUUCUUCUUUCUUCAACAAAAUCACACAAAUUCCUUAUUCCCAUUCAUUUCUUGAAUCACAAAUCGCAAAAAUGGAUCAACUUUUUGAUUCAGAAGAAUCCAGCAGUGGUUGUGAAUCUGGUUGGACCCUUUACUUACAACACUCCAUCCCCCAUGAUGUUUUCUCAUGGAAACAAGCAUCUCAUGGUGCACAAGAACACGAUCAAGAACAUGAAGAUGAAAAUGAUGAUGAAGAAGAUGAUGAUAUGUCGAUGGUUUCGGAUGCUUCUUCAGGUCCACCACAUUUUCAACCACAUCAAGAACACGAAGAAGAAGAAGAAGAAUACUUCAACAACGACGACAACCAUGUUUUCAGCGAUCCUCCAUUGACGUUGGUUGCUAGUAAAAGACGAAAGCUUUUUAAGCAAACAAGUUUCCAUAGCCAUAGACAUCUGCAAGAUUUGCCUGCAGCUUCUCUAGAUGACACUGCUAGUUCUCCCUUUUUCAGCUUUUCCAAUAAGGAUCUACAAGUGUGCAACAAACAAUCUACAAAAGAGGAUGAUAACAGUUUUUGUUAUUCACUCGGCCAUUCCACAACCUAUUUUGAGAUGGUCUGAAGUAAAGUUCGUCUCAAGCAAACACUAGAAGGAAUGAAAAGGCUAGUCACACCAAAUGGAAUUUAGAUUAUAAGAUUAGGGAUACUUUUUUGUAUUUUUUUUUUCUUUUAUUAGUGAUGAGUAGUGCUUACAAUGGGUGGU